AUGAAAAAUAAUGAGAUACCUCAGUGGACCGGGAAGCCCGGAGAUAAAGCAACUUUUUUGAAGGAUAUCGUGGCCGCGCGCGCGGAAAACUUCAAGCAACGGCGUAUACGAGAAUCCUUUAAAGAACGCGGAAUCUUCCCUCCAAACGGAUCGUCAAUCAUUGAAGCGCUUGAAGAUACUCUACCGCCGAUUCCGUUGAUAUCAGCGCCUGAUCUUCGGUCGUAUGGAGAGACUACGCCUCCUCCGAAUCCUGUCUCUUCAAGCGUUGAAAAUACGCCUCCAAGAAGCUCUAUACAGGUUCAAAAAAAUGAGAAAAAGAUCGCUCAAGUCUUCGCGAGCGAGGACUUGACCCCGAAGGUCAAACACAAUCUUGAGCGUAUCCUACACCAUGCGAAGAUUCAAUGUGAAGAUCUCGCGAAUACGAUCACUACUCUUCAACGAAUAGAGGCGCUUUUGGGCCCGCGCAAGCGAAAAACGACUAAGCGAGAAGUAAAGGGCCUUUCGGAUAGCGGAAUAUUGAGUGUGAAGGAUGCAAAUGGCUCUAUCGCGAAUAGAAGGGCGAAAGAGGCUGCCAGCAAGGAGAAGAAGUUGAAUAAGGCGUAUAAAGAGAAAUUCGGCUGUUCACCGCCUCAACUUGCAGUCCCUGAUGCAGAAUCGCCUACUGAUUGUAUUGAUAAUAUUGCUUUUUACGAUCCUCCACGUGGGUGA